UUACUUUUUACUGUGAUGUUGCGCCCUCUAUUGUUUCCUAAACAAACGUUAAAAAACGUCCUGAAAUCACCUUUACAGGCUGGUGGCAAGGCAGGAAAAGACAGUGGCAAAGCCAAGGCAAAAGCAGUGUCUCGCUCCCAGAGGGCUGGGCUGCAGUUCCCAGUGGGUCGUAUCCACAGGCACUUGAAGACUCGCACAACCAGCCACGGUCGAGUAGGAGCCACAGCAGCUGUGUACAGUGCAGCUAUCCUUGAGUACCUCACCGCUGAAGUGAGCCUUUCUUUUUAAGAGACUUUUGAACUGUAAUGUCAUAAUCUUCACGGAAACAUGGUUAAACAGCGGAAUAAGGACAAUGCUUCGAGCUAGGGAC